AUGGAUUCGAACGUGAAAGAAUUCAUAGAUGGAUUGUUCAGCGAAGAGGCGUAUGUGGAGCCUUCCGAUGGCCAAAAAGUUGAUGAUUUGGAAAUGAAACUACCCGAAUGGUUCGAUGAAAAAAAAUGUAACCAGGGCAGGCGUUUCUAUGCAGACUUCUCUUUCAUGCUCUCAGCAUCUAUGGUAGCCGGUCUGGUCGCGGUGUUCUCAAUUCCAACGAUACUAAACGUUCUAGUCUCCACUCGACGUUCCAACUCAGUCUACACCGCAUACAGGAGAUAUUUUUCAACAUAUAAACACACAAAUUUAUGGAUGGAGUCUGAACUUAAGCCUGGCUCAGAAUCAUGGAAGUCACUAUAUACUGUUAGAAAACGGCACUUCGUGGCUGGUCGAACCGCUAAGCUAAAGGGAAUAGGAACAGUAUCUCAGCGAGAUAUAUCUCUCACGUUGUUUGGUUUUAUUGGAUUCUCUUUCCUGAAACCUGACAAAUUUGGAAUAACUCAACUUCAAGAUGGUGACUGGGAAGCGUAUAACCACCUUUGGAGAGUUAUCGGACAUAUGAUAGGAUUGAAGGACAAAUAUAACAUAUGUAGAAACAGUUAUGAAGAGACGCGCCAAGUAUUGCAAAUCAUUUUGGAACGGGUGUAUACUCCAUGUUUGGAGAAUGUUCCAGAAUAUUUCGAACACUCUACUCGUGUCAUGAUAGAGGGACUGAGCCAGAUAUUAACGGCUCUAGAAUCUUCAUCAAUGAUCUUCGUGGUGAAAUACCUAUCUGAUGUUCCUGGAUAUAUAUAUACGGAGGAAGAUAGAUACACUUUUCGAAAUAAGCUAAAAAAGAUAUUGAAAGGGCGAUCAGAAGAUACAGGAGUGUAUGCAUCUGAAUUAAUGGAGAAGUGCCUUAUAAACCAAUCUGCAGUGCCAAGACAACAAAACGUCUUUUAUCUUCGUGACUACGAUUCUGUAGAUACUGCACCAGCUUAUAAAAAUCUUCCAUUUAUAGGAAAAUACAAAGUUGCGUUCAAUAAUGUCAUCGUAAGCUUGUAUUCAACUUACUAUGGCAGAAUUUUUUUCAAUUUUUAUCAUAAAUGGAUUGUUUUUGUUGCAACUUAUAUUCCAUAUCUUGCUAUGUGGAAAUUUGGCAUAAGAAAUGCGUUUGUAAAUGCUUUUCAAGAAGACCCAGUUGAUGAUAUGACCCCUAAAUUAAAUUCAGAAUAUUAUAAGCCAGAACCCCCAAAGCCAUGGUACAAAUUAUUGUAUGAUAUUUUGUGG